UACAUCAGUCCUGGACCGGCAUUAGCAUUAGCGGCACAGGAUACACGCACACACACUCCAUAUCUCAGAGUGGAGUCGCUGUGAGGAAACAGAAUGUCAGGGAAGGAAACACUGAAGCCUGUAGGAAAGCACUAAGUCUGACUCAGAGCAGCAGGUCUGAGGUGGAGGGUCAGUGUAUUUCAGAGGGCAUCUGAUGGUUUGUACCUUCUACAGGACAAAGCAGAGGACCACUGUGAUCAAGAAGAACCAUCUCUGGACGGGCACGUCCAAGACAACUACAGAGUGGGGACUCUCCACUGCCCAGGUCUGAGGAUCCCAUCAGCAGACACCUCCAGCUUCAAGCUGCAGCACAGAUUCCACCAUGAGUUUGUCGCGGAACGGGACAUUGGAGAAGCCGAUGUCAGAGCAGACCCAGUCAGAGCUGAGGAGCCCCUCCAGAGCGGGGUCAGGGGUCGUGGUGCCUCCUCCAUACUCGAUGGGGGGUAGUGAAGCGGAUAACCCCCUGGAGUUGCGCGGCUCUCUGGACUGCUGGGCCUGCUCUGUUCUGGUCACAGCUCAGAACCUCAUCAUCGCUCUCAUCAAUGGACUACUGGCCAGCGCCAUCUUUGGGACCAUCCUAACGCCGGCACUGGCCAUGAUCACAUUCGGCUUCCUCUGCCACUCCACAGUGCAGCCUCAUGGGACAUCAGUGUACUGCUCAGACCUGUUGGACGAUGGUGGCUGUGUGGCUCUCUUGGUGGUGGGCUUUUUGCUGCUGACUCCUCUAUUGGUUUUGGCUCUAGCUGCGUACUGUCGAUUGGCUCGUCACCUGCAGUUGGGCCUGUGCUUCAUCCCCUACAGUCGGGCUGUGUACAAGAACCUGCCUGCCUCCCGUCACAGGGGCGCAGGGGGCUGCUGCAGCCAGCAGGGGGCGGCAGAACGAGAGGCCAAAGGCAGUGUGUGGGUGUGAGGGGCUCUCCCUAUGGACAUUUAUAGGUAGUAUUCUCCAAAAACUGCCUUAUAGUCUAGUUCUUUUUGAAACAUUUGUACAAACUAUGUGUUAC